AUGUCCCAGCCCGUCUCCGUAAUGCUGCGCGACCCAGUUCCCCCGCUCCCCCUGGCGGACGAGUCCCGCCUCUCCCUCUGCCUGCGCCGCGCGCUGCUCCCCCCGCUCCCCUUCUUCGUGCCCCUCGUGGCUCCGCCAACGGCGCUGGACCAGCAGCCGAAGAAGGGCAACAGGGGGACGAUGAUGGCCCCUGGGGGGGGCGGGAACGUGAUGACGCGGCAGUUCAACGAAGUGAUGAUCAACCUGGGCGUGCAGCAGGUUAAUCAGCAGAAGUUUGACGAAGCAAUCAACACCUUCACGCUGCGUUCUGCUGUGACAUCAACAUUCCUCGUUUGCGAAUGGCCACUUGCAUACCCCACCUGCAGAACCAGUCCCCGUUCCAUUCUCGUCCCACCUCCCUCCCCUCCCCCCUUCCCCCCGCCCCUCCCUCAUUCCCCCCUUCACCUCUCCCUCACCCCUGGACACAGCCGCACGUUCCUCGUCCUUCUAGACGAGCUGGGCAACAGUGCGCCGGCUCUCAUUGGCCGAGGCACCGCCUACGCGCUCUCGGGCAAGAUGAAAGAGGCCAUCGAGGAUUACUCUCUGGUGGGUGUGGGCAUGCGAGCUGGAGCCCAAGAUGGUGGACGCGUGGCGCAGGAGAGCCCAGGGCACCAUGAGGCAUGCGAGCUGGAGCCCAAGAUGGUGGAUGCGUGGCGCAGGAGGGCCCAGGCCCGAGCUGCCAUAGGGGAGGUGGACGGGGCUUUAGAGGACUUCACCACAGCGCUCAGCCUGGAAAAGGGCCAGAUGGACCUGCUCAUGGAGCGAGGCAUGGUGUACGUGAGGGCACGGCGAUUCUAUGAGGCAGCCAAGGACCUGAGGGCUGUGGUGGCCGUGAUGCCCAAGGAGGAGCUCGCACACGUUGCUCUGAGUGCUGAACGUGCCUUGUACGAGGCAGCCAAAGAUCUGAGGGCAGUGAUUGCCGUGAUGCCCAAGGAGGUGCUGGCACACGUUGCUCUGACUGGAUCCCUGGUAGGCUGGGAGGAACAGAGAGGGUUGUGGCUGGCAGGCGACCUGGGCAACACAGGGAGAUUGCACUUUCACUCGGUUUCCCCCCUCCCUUCUCUCCUCCUGAAGGCGGAGUCCCUGGUGGGGCUGGGAGGGACAGAGGAGGCGAUGGAGAUAUACGAGAAGCUUGUAGCAGCAGACUCGAAGAACACCCUUUCCACAUGCACUCUGUUCUGCCCUCCUCCCACGUUGUGCACACAUUCACUCCCCUGCUCCCUCUCCCUCUCCCUCUCCCUCUCCCUCUCCCGUGCGCGCAUCCCUGAACUGCAGGCGGAGUCCCUGGUGGGCCUGGGCGAAACAGAGGAGGCGAUGGAGAUAUACGAGAAGGUGGUGGAUAAGAACCCCGGCAACAGGAUGGCGUGGCUGUACAUGGGGCAGGCGGCUAAGGAGCUCGCCAUGCCUGAUAGGGCCGAGCAGGCCUUCAGGAAGGCCACUCAGCUGGAGCCAAGGUUCGCCCAAGCGUACCGCGUGUGGGCGCUACUCAAGCACGCCAUGGGCGACCACAAAUCAACAGGAAACUGCAGCACUUUCAGGCCGGAGCUGCCCACCCCCUCUCCCCCCUGCAGCUGCCCACUCUGCCCCCUGCAGCUGCCCACUCUGCCCCCUGCAGCUGCCCACUCCUGCGCCCCCUUCGUCGAUCCUUGCCCCUCCCCUUCCUCCCUUUCUUUCUCCCCCAUCACACCUCACACAGACAUGCUCUGGAGCUGCCAACCCUUGAAUGUGGAGGGGCACUACAUCAAGGGGUCGUGCCACCAUGCGCUGGGGCAGCUGCAGGACCCGGUGGUGACAUACGAUGCUCUGUUGUCCAAGCCCACCCGGCAGGAGGAGCAGCCCUUACUCUUCAUGGCCUUCUACCAGAGGGAGGUGGCGCAGUUCACAGCGUCUCGCCUCAACAAGCCUCUCCGCGACUUUGACUUUGAAGAUAACUUUGGACCCGAGUUCAAGCAAGCAUGGGCCCGCCGGUCCGUGCCCACCGACCUCUUCCCAGCCUACCGCCCGCAACCAUACCGUGCGGCCUUUGACAACCAGUUGAAACCAGAGAGGCACGUGAGCGAGCAGGUGAAGCGGGGCAGGAAGGAGCUUGUCAAGGCGGCAGACACUGUUGGUGGUCGCACUCAGUACACUUCCCCCGGCUUCCUGCCCAACCAGAGGCAGCACCGCGCAGCAGGCAUGGCAGCGCUGGAGAUGAUGCAGGCAGCACAGGCCACGCGAGAGGCUUCCCCCCCCUGUCCCCCGUCUCCCUUGCUCUUCUUCUCCAUCCUUCUCCACCCGUCUCCACCCUUCUCCACCCUCACCCAGGAGGAGUUUGAGAAGGGCUUUGGCGCCGUGACAGCGAUGGUGCAGGGGCACUCCAAGAACCUCCGCUACUAUGCCAACUACGACAGGGCCUUCGCACUGAUCAAGGAUGAGAUGUUGGAGCAGGGAGCAGUGGAGAUUGGCGACCUCACACAGAAAUACGAGAUCCCUGUUGAGAUGGAUGCCGAGGUUGAAGCCGCAGAGACACCAGAGGAGCUGUGGAACGUGGUGGGGCAGAACUUCCUCAUCACCGUGCCCUGCUUCUCCACCGCGCAGCCCGACUACAUGCUCAACGGGACAACCCUUGCCGUCCGAAAGCUGGGAGAUGGGGCGUUUGACUUUGCCAUCAAGAUGCCCCUCACGCCCCCCCGAUGGAAGGAGUACGAUGCUGAGCUCACUGCAGCAUGGAAGAACCUGUGUGAGGUGAUGGCAGAUGCCAAGAAGAGCAAGGACGACAAGCUCGUGAAGAACGCCAUUCUGCGUGUCGUCUACUACUGGUACAACUUCUCUCCUCUCUCUCGGGGCUCUGCAAUGGCUGGCUACUCCAGCCUGCUCGGCCUCUUCCUAGCUGCCGGCAAGGAGAUCACCGCCAAGCCGCCUCCCGACGUUCAGCUCGACUGGGAGGCCAUCUUGUCGCCGACACUGGAGGAGUUUAUAACGAGGAUAUCCAAGUGGCUCUUUGUGGGGGCAACCGACGGCUCGGAUUUCCAUGAGCUCUUAGAUGUGCACGAGGCGUUCCCCACUGUUGGAUCGGCCAUCCGCAUGCUAUCCAAAUACUAG